AUGCCAUCGCGCAGGAACAAAGGAGGGGCACGGCCCCCGCCGGCCAUCGUCAAUGCCAUUUUGGCAUUGCUGCAAGCUCAGCCGCAGCAGCAAAUGCCCAGCCCCAGGUUCUGGGAGCAGCUCUAUCAAAAGGAGCCCACCGCCAAAGACUUUUUUGCCCCUUUACAAAGCAAGAAAACAGGUCUGCAAAAAAUUCCUCAAGUCCAGUUUGUCCAUGAUCCCGAGGCUGGCGAUGUCGUGCGCCUUGCUCAAGCAGCUAGUGGCGGGGCGGCGGCGGCGGGUGCUAGAUCCGCCACUCAGGCCUCCCACUCAACCCCGAUCUCCGAUGAUGUUGAGCAAGCCAUGUGCCGUGUCCUUGCCCGCGAGCCAAAUGGCACUAUGAGCUCGGCUCAGUUUUGGAUUCAACUCUAUAAAGAAUGCCCACAAGCCCGGAGUAUCGUUGCCAAGUACGCUUCAAAACGAGAUGCUCUCAAGAACGUGUCCAGCGUGACUUUCAUCGCCGAACCAGGCGCCAACGGACGCGUCGCCCUCUCAGAUCCAUCGUCCGCCGCUGCCCCAGCACUGCCUCAGGCCGCCUCCAAAAAGAGUGGAUCAAGCUCGAAAAAGAGCGGCUCAGGCUCAAAAAACAACAGUCCUCCAGCCCCCACACCCCAACCGGCUUCAUCUCAACCGUCGAGAGGCGACCCUCGACCAACACCUUCCAACGGAUCCAGCGACACCAGAGGUAGCAAGCCCCGUGGACCUAGAGGCUACAUAGGCAAGGUCAUCGAAAAGGGAAUUGAAGCCAUGUCCAGACCCACAGAUGGCAAAAGGCUUUUUGAUCAGCUUCUGAAAGACUCACCUACCGACGCCAGCUUCAAUCUCUUUCAGAUUGUAGAUCGCCACGGGGAUGAGGUCCUGGCCCAUGCCCUGGCUCAAAUCAACUCUUCGCUGGACGAUCCGCUUUUGCGGCUGGCCGACAGACUGUGCGAGGCUACAUUGACUGGUGAAUAUGUGCGCUUCGCCGGCCAAGCUUUUGCAACCAUCAUCAACUCGCCUCGUGUUCGCUUCUGCGACAAAGCUCGCGAUGAGCUGUCACAAAAUCGCCUCAAGAGAAAACGUACCCUGGGCCUCUUCCUGCUUCGAGCAAAUCAAUUCGAUGGCAGCCUGCGCACCAACGACAAGCUCAAAGAAAUCAUUCAGCUGCUCACUGCCAACUCUGCCGACGAGGUGUUGCAAGAACUUGCCGUGCUCUUCACCGAUCUUGCCGCCGGUCGUACCGAAGCAAGCGCCGAGGCCAGUGCCAUUAGCUCCACCAGCAUGGGCGCUACCAUGCUCCCCCCCGGCGAACGCGGCCACGACAAUGACCACAAGAAUUUUCGAGACAUUGAAAUAGCCCCCACGGCUGGAGAGCUGGCUGACUUGACCAUCCCAUACGUUCCCUAUUUUGCUGACGUUCAAAAGGCCACGACCCAAAGCAUGGCCACCGCCACCUUUCUGGACCGCCACUUUCGCAUCCUGCGCGAGGACCUUGUAGGACCUCUCAAGGAGGAAUUUGGCGAAGAGCUGCGUCGGGACAAAGCUGCUCGGCGGCACACGUAUGCCACCCCCCACCUCAACGCCAUCAAGACGGAGUUUGGCCUUCGCUUUGUCAUCUCGCUUGCAGCUCCGCCCAUUCUUGGCAAACGCCUGCAAGAGCUCUCGACAAACAAGCGCAAGGACUUUCUGCUUGAGGGCCCCGGUCGCAAGGUUCUGGGUCAGGAUACCCUACUCAUCCUCUACAACCAAAAGCAUGCUUCGGGCUGGCAGGGAUCCCGCACCCCUACCCUCGAGGAUCUCUUCAAAGGCAUUGAGAUUGUCGGCAUCAUGAUCGUUUGUCAUCGGCGCGAUAUUGCCACCUCGGGUUCGUUCAAGUCCAAGCCCAAGGAAAAGGGGAAAGACGAGGGGGCAGACUCAUCAGCCUCGUCAAAAAACAGCAAGAAGCACCGUGACAAGCCAAAUGAACCGGUCUUCCUUGAGGUGCAGGCCAUGCUGCCCAACCAAAGCAACAUGCCCAAAGUCAUUGCAGAGGCCUACAGCCACUUACUCUCGGGUGUUCGCGAUGGCAAGCUUUGUGACUAUGCGUUCGCUGCCCAAGCUUCCUUUUUCAACUACGAGCCCGUGCUGCGCGCCCUGCAAGGCAUGGCCAAGGUUCCUUUUGCUGAGGAGCUUGUGUUUUCAUUUGCGAACCUUGCCGCAGACUCUGAAACGAAAGACUCUGAAACGGAUGAUGAGAUCACAGCCACCCAACGACGACCACCGCUGUCCCCAAUGACCUUGCUGCAUGACCGGCCGGAGAGCAGCGCGCGCCAGGCAGUAUUUUUCGGCAUGGAACCGAUUCGCAUUGAAACGGUUCGCUUAAACGUCACAGCAACCCAACGACGACUCCCGCUGCCUCACAUGACCUUGCCUUAUGACCAGCUGGACAGCAGCGUGCGCCAGGCAGUACUCGCCGAUGCUUCCCAGCAGGAAGCGCUUCAUCACCUAACCAACCAGCGCGUGGUUCUGGUUCAAGGCCCCCCCGGCACGGGCAAAACCUAUGUGGGCGUGCAGAUGGUGCGAGCCAUGCUACAGGCGGCCAAAGAGCAGAAAUACAAGAUCAAGAUCUUGUGCCUCUGCUACACCAAUCACGCUCUAGACAGCUUUCUCGAGUCUCUUUUGGAUGCUAAUAUUCCAAAGACGUCCUUUGUACGCCUGGGCGGUGGUGCUAAGGUUAGUGAGCGGCUUCAAGAGCGGUGCAUCCACCAGCUGCCCAAACGCAAGUUUUCAGGCGUGCGCGCUUCCCAGUAUGGCUCAUUGAAGCGCUCGCUUGAAAAAUGUCAAGUCGAGAUUGAUCGAAUUCGAGACGCGCUGCGGCGCCACUCCAAGUGGACCGGCAAUGAACGAGAGUGGGAGUAUGUGCAGCAGCACCUUGAAGAUGAAGGCGAUGACUAUGAGAUGGAGGAAUUGUCUGUAUAUGAGCAAAGCGAUGGUUGGGCUCUUGCCGGGUCCGAUGGCAAAGCCGCCAGCCCAGGCUUUUUAUGGCAACGUUGGCUUCAAGGCAAGUCAAAUGUGCAAGGUCGAUCCGAAGGUCUUUGGAAGUUGACUUUGCAGGAGCGCAAGGCACAAGCUCAAAGAUGGAACGACGACUGGGUGCACAACCAACAACGACGUCUACAUGAAAACUUGAAGGAGCAAGAAACCAAACAUCGAACACUAAACGAGCUGCGCAUGAGUCAUCGAGCAGAGGAGAUUGCAGACAUCUCCAUCAUUGGGUCAACCACGGUGUCGGCCGCCAAGCAGGCUAGCAUUUUACAGAGCGUCAAACCGGAUGUGGUCUUGGUUGAGGAGGCGGGUGAAAUUCUCGAGGCACAAAUUCUGACUGCCUUGGAUAGGUGUCAACAGCUGAUCAUGAUUGGUGAUCACAUGCAACUCCGGCCCAAGGUGGAGAGCUACCGUCUGCGUGUUGACGCCAACAAGGGUUAUGAUGUGGACCGCUCUCUCUUCGAGCGUUUGGUCACUCAAGAACCGCCAAGCUUGCCCAUGACUUGCUUGAACAUUCAACAUCGCAUGCGUCCCGAGAUCUCGCGCUUUGUGCGCCGGCUACUGUACCCAGAGCUUCAAGAUCACGAAAACACCCGCGGUCGCCCGCGCACGCCCGGUGUGGAUCGGGACGUUGUCUUUGUGAACCACAAGCAUGGUGAGAUGUCCGAUGACGAUGCUGCCGCUCUCGGAAGUAAUUCCAAGAUCAACGAACAUGAAGUGGCCAUGGUCGUGCAAAUGGCUCGCCAUGUGCUCUUGCAACAAGGCGUGGUUCACUCUGACAUUGUCAUCUUGACGCCGUACCUGGGCCAGCUCUCGCGCAUCCGGGCCGCACUUGCCGAGGCCAAGCUGCAAACGAGCGUGGGAGACUUGGAUCAGAAUGAGCUGGCUCAGCUGGGACUCGCGGACGAUUCGGAUACAGCGAACGAUACCCCCCCAUCGACACGCUCCGGCUCGCCAGUACCCGCGGACGAAGACGAAGCUCGUGCCUCGCUGUCGUCUCAGUCCAAGACCAAGGCCAAAGGCCGCACUGAAAGAGGCGAUUCAAAGUCGAAUCCGGCCAAGGGCCGCGGCAAGGAUAGCGCCUCCUCCAAACCAGAAGACGAAGAGGCGCCAGCGCCACGGCCGCCCACAGUGCGCGUGGCCACCAUUGACAAUUAUCAGGGCGAAGAGGCCCAGUAUGUCUUCAUCUCCUUGGUUCGCUCCAACCGUGAGAGAGACAUUGGUUUUCUCAACAGUCGUGAACGCGUCAAUGUGUUGCUCUCGCGCGCACGGCGUGGGAUGUUUAUCAUUGGCGACCUCGAGUGCUUUGUACAAAGCCGUACGCAAAAAGGACGCAAUCUGUGGUCCACUAUCAAAGAUGAGCUCGAGGAACAGCAGGCCAUUCUCCCUUAUUUCCCGGCUCGCUGCGAGCAGCACAACCAGCUGCUUGCCAUGACAACGGCAGCAGACUUUGCACAAAAGGCGCCCGUGGGCGGCUGUCAGCAGAGCUGCAUGGCUCGCUUGGAGUGUGGUCACGAAUGCCCAGAGCGGUGUCACCCCGGGCCCCACGACCAGAUUCGGUGUCGACAGAUUGUGGAGGACCGCUGCCCUUAUGGCCACCCGCUAUCGCGCGAAUGCGGUGACCUUCGACCUGUUCGUUGUAACGUUAAAGUUCAGCGCCUGUGCGAGCGGGGCCUACACACGAUUUCCAACCGGUGCUUCAUGGGCCAGGGCCUUCCUUGCGCCAAGUGUGCCAAGGCUAUCAGUGCCGAGAAAGAUGCUGCCACAAAGGCACAGCAAAAACAGUUGGAAGACGUGACGAGAGAGCUGCAAGAACUAGAGCAGUUACAUGAAGAAAAGGUGCAAGCCGCCCAGGACCACGCAGCUCAAGAAAGAUUGAAGGCACGCAUGGCUCGCGUCCGCGCAAACGUUGAGGCAGCCACGGCCAUGAUGGAGCGUGGUUCAGGAUCCAAGAGCAAGCCUUCCAAAACAGAUGCCAAGGCAACCAGCUCGGCUACACCUGCCUCACAGAACAAGACUCUCCCGGACCCCGCAACUACCGCUGGCACAACCCAUCGUGAUCAAAACCAGCCUCGUUUGGUGCUUCCCAGCCCAAUCAAUCUUCCAGCGCCUGGUCCCACGGAUACCAAAAAGACCAAAGCAGGCGAAACUGCCAAGUCUACAAGAGCUCCGGCCGCAGCCACAUUGGAUGCACCUGCUGAGGUCCCAAGUGUUGCAGCCUCGGCAAUGCGAUCGGCUGGGCAAAAUCACGGUGGAUCGGCUGGCAACGAGGAACAGAUCCUGUCUCAGGUCUUGAGCACGUACACCAAUGAUCCCAUGCUUGCCCACGACCAGCUGGAGCAGGCCUGUGCCAAGUAUAAACAAGGCCCACCGCCGCUAUCACUCUGUGUCCUUCACACUCUACUUGAAGAGGAGUUGGGUGGUACAGGCGAUGUCACAGAGCUGCAACAUCUUGUAGACCAAUUUGUGGAUGCGAAAGCCGAUCGUCGGGCUGCCACCAAUAAUACAUCUCAGCUGGGAACUGGUCUCAUUUUCUUCAUGGCAGCCAUUCUGGCAGAAGCGGAGGGCCUGGGCUUUUUGUCACUCGAACAUGCCACGAUUGCGCUUUCGAUGCUGCGCCCGCUUCGAGAAAUGCCGGCACUCUGGCUCGAAAGACUCGAACGGCUGGGAAGCGAGCACCACGCCGCAUCCAUCAAGGCCCCCGCUGCAGCUUCGCCUCGAGUGGCACCGGUUCGUUUUCGCGCUCGUCAACGCUGGCAGGAAUACGAACGUCGCAACGGCCAGACAUCUGUGGCCAAGGUCAUGCAGACUGUGCUAGGCAUGGUGGGUCUCGAAACGGUUAAAAAUGAGAUGAUCGAUCUCGUCAAGCGCGUCAAGCUGGACGAGGCGCGUGGUAAUGCUGGCCAGCCAAAUAGCUUCAACGUGCGCUUUGAAGGCAAUCCUGGCACAGGCAAGACGACGAUUGCGCGUCACUACGGCAGUUUUUUGCGAGAGCUUAAGGUUUUGCCUGCCGAGGCGCCUUUUAUCGAACUCACAGCCAGUAAGCUGAUUCAUGGUGGCGUCGAUUGCCUCGACACUACCCUGACUGACGAUAUCAAGCCAAAGGGCGGUGGCGUUAUAUUUGUAGACGAGGCAUACCAGCUAACCAGCGACCGUGCUGGUAAAAAGGUGUUGGACCACAUCUUGCCCCUGGCCGAGAGCCUUGAGACCAAGUUUGGCAAGCUAGUGUGGAUCUUGGCCGGCUACAAGCCGGACAUGGAAAAGCUCUUUGAACACAACAUUGGCCUGCCCUCGCGCUUUCCUCAUCGCUACGUCUUUGAAGACUAUUCUGAUGCUGAACUGCUCAACAUCUUUAAGAACAUGCUCACGUACCAGGAUGCCGCUGCUCCCAGCCCUCGCAAGGUGGCAAAGCCAAGCGGAAGCACGCCGUUCCGCCCGGCUGCUCAGCGGAUGCGCCAGUUCAACAAUUACUACCCACCACCCGUGGGGACUACGUCUGUGGACGACUUUGGCAACAAGUGGACGGUUUCUACGAAUCAAAGCUGGUAUGACAAGUACAGCAACACGACGGUAGACCCACAAUCGUUGGGCCAAGGCGCAGACCUGAUCGCACCAGAUGGCGAUACAUGGACGUAUGAUGCUUCAAGUAAGACCUGGACGGCAUCUUCUUCGAGAGUGACGCAGUCGCAUUAUCCCGGCUCAUCUGCCCCCGCGCCCACGCUAACUAAAACGAAGCGGCCCAAGCCAUUUUAUUGCCAAAAUGAGCUGCAUGGCCGCGUGGCUAUCCGGCGCCUGGGUCGGCGACGAGGUGUGGUUGGUUUUGGCAAUGCCCGUGCCGUGCGUGUGUUCUUUGACCAGGCCCUGAGUCGUCAAGCCCGCCGCAUCCAAGAGGAACGAGAGGCUGGUUUACAGCCUGACCUUUUUGAGUUGACACAGACUGAUCUCCUGGGGCCUCAACCCACCUUCAAAGAGUUGACUUCUUGCCCAGAAUGGAAAGAGCUGAUGCACCUUCACGGUUUGCAGCCUGUCAAGGAUACCCUGACAAAUCUUGUGCAGCUGGUGGUGCGCAAUUUCAAGCUGGAACUUGAGGAGAAGCCGCUGCGUGAAGUGGCCCUGAAUCGCCUGUUCUUGGGCAACCCGGGCACCGGCAAGACCACCGUGGCACGCUUGUAUGGUCGUAUCCUGUCACGCUUGGGCUUGCUAUCCAAAGGAGAUUGCAUCAUGAAAACAGCCUCAGACUUUGUCGGCAACGUUGUGGGUGGCUCGGAGGAAAUCACGCGGGGUAUCCUGCAGCAGGCCGAGGGGUGCGUCCUCGUCAUUGAUGAGGCCUAUGCACUGGCUCCCAGCCAGAACGGCCAAGGUACCGGCGACCCAUACCGCACGGCCGUGCUGGACACUAUCGUGGAAAUGGUGCAGGCACGCCCUGGCGACGACCGCGCCGUGAUCAUGUUGGGAUAUCGAGAACAAAUGGAAAGCAUGCUCAAGGUUGCCAACCCAGGUCUGGCCCGCCGAUUUCAACUGGAAAAUGCCCUGACCUUCCCCGACUAUAGUGAUGCCGAUUUGCUCAAGAUCAUGCUCGCCAAAGCCAAGUCCAAGGACCUGCGCUUGAGUUUGUCGACGGCGAAGGUGGCCGUGCGCCAACUGGCCAAGGCGCGCGCCAAGCCAAACUUUGGUAAUGCGGGGGCCGUUGACAACCUUUUAUCCGAAGCCACACAAAGACAAAUGCAACGCCUGAUCGCAAACCCGAAUGCCGACGUCAGCCUGCUUCCCAUUGAUUUUGGCGUUGAGCGCGAAGGACCCGAUGAGGCCAAGUUGCGCAUUCUUUUUGAUGAUCUAAUUGGGAUGGAUGGCGUUCAAAAGAAGCUGCGGGGCCUACAAAACCUGCUUGCGCUCAAGAAGCGCACAGGACAACCCGUCAAGACAAUUGCCCCUUACAACUGGAUCUUUACGGGUAAUCCGGGAACCGGAAAGACCACAGUUGCACGCCGCAUGGGCCAAAUGUACCAUGCACUAGGUCUCUUGCCCUCCGACAAGGUUUCAGAGUUGUCAGCAUCGGACCUGACAACGGGUUAUGUUGGGCAGACAGGCCGGGCCACACGCGAGCGACUCGUCGAUGCACGCGGUGGCGUGUUGUUUGUGGACGAGGCCUAUCAGCUCAACCCGCGGCGUGGGGGUACUUUUAUGCAAGAAGCCGUUGAUGAGCUCGUCAAGUGCUUGACGGAACCCGAGUUUCAGUCCAAUAUCGUGGUCAUCCUUGCCGGGUACGAGGGGGACAUGGCUGAAAUGAUGCAGAGCAAUCAAGGACUGAGCUCUCGCUUCACGGAAAAGCUGCACUUUGAAGAUUUCACAGUAGACAGCGUUACCCUCCUCUUGCGGCAGGUUUUGAAGAGCCAUGACAUGCCCUUGUGUGCUGGCGCCGACGAAAGACGUGUCCAAGAGAUGGCACAUGAGUUGACGCAGCUUCCGGGCUUCGGCAAUGGUCGUUCCGUACAUAAUUGGGUUCAAAAAGUCGAAAUGGCAGUGGCAAACCGCCUCAGCAGCGAAUGCGAGGAUGCCCCAGUUGAAGCAACGGUUGCAGACCUCCGCACAGCCCUUGACGAGAUGCGACAGCAGGCGCAAGUGCCAGCACAGCCCUCUCGUGCUCCUACGCAAAGCGCUGCCGAUACACUGCCUUUUGCCUCAGCCUCGGCCUCGGCCCAACCCCCGGUUUGGCGCACGCGUCAGGCCACCAAGACCAAACAGGCGUCUGCCGAGCGCGCCGAGUCACCCCCACCAGUUGACGAAGAGUCAGACUCUGAAGACAACAAUCCUUUUGCGGGUUGUGAGCACAAAUGCCUCCGCGUUUUGCAGGAUUAUUUGGAUGAAGCUGGGGUUACAGAUAUGGAAGGGGCACGGGAGCUGGCGCGACUGCGCCCUGGCGAUGCUCGCUACGAGGAGCUGAUCAGAUUGCUCAUAAACGCUGGCUACAGUCGGGCCAGCGCUGAGGAUCAGCUGGCCAAGUGGAAAGGUGCGCAUGAAUCCUUGGAAGAUCUGCAACGCCAGGUUAAGCAAAAGACACAAACCUUGGGUCAAGAGCCAAUCUGGCGCUGUGCAGUGUGUGGACGUGCUGAUCGGCCAUAUAUUGUCUGCCAUGUUGCACCGUACAUUGUUGGAUAUCGUCCCAUCGCAUCCCAAUAA